UUGCAGAUAAUCAUCGAUGACGCGGUGGAGUAUGAAGAACAAUUCGUACGCGACUCUAUCAUUGAAAUUUUGGAUAGUGCAGUUAGCUCUGGAUAUGCAUCCCGAACGGUCAGCUGGUUGGUGGAAUUUGCAAAGUUUGAGAAAAAUACUAUUUAUGAUAUCAAUCCGGACACAUUUGUCCCGGUGGUAAACCUAGUCUUCCUGCAAACCGAUCCCUACAAAAGAUUCGCAUCCGAUAUCUCAUUCGAUCGUCAUCAGACGCAGAUUGUUCGUUCUAGAAUGUAUCUUGAGCUUACGCAGAAGGGCGUUGAUGAAAGAGCAUCCUUAACACAGUUGCUUUUGUCGAAAUCUCGUGCUAUACAUCUACCAUUGUCGAUUCGGGCACCGUUCACUAUGUCGUUAAAGCAUGACAUCUCGGUGCUUUCAUCUGGAAUUUUUGUCUUCGGUGUUUCGCUGGUUUGCUUGCUCGUCUUUUCACUGUUUCUUCUCGGCCAACCUGCUCUCACCUUUGUGCUGCUCUUCACAUCUGUCGCAGUUUUGACGGAAACAGUUGGGUACGUUACGCACUGGGGUGUACCGAUGAACGCUAUCACUAUAACCAUGGCCCUGUCUGCUAAUAUGUUGGCUUCUGUGAUUGUUAUGGCUUUCUGCUACAGUUACUCAGUGUCGGGUAAGCAGCAAAUGCGAGCUGGAGUAAGGAUACAGUAUACCUUCCAGGUAAGUAUGCAAUUGCGGUCAUAUCAUGUGCGGUAG